AUGGAGCAGCACUCCGCUUUGACCAAUAAGAACCGUGCAGUCAGCGUCGAGCAAGUGUCCAUCUUCAUCUGCUCUGACAAUACCGUCAUAUCCUUCUUCGAGCACUCAGCCGCCGAUAUCGAGGUUCCCAUACUCACCCGCCUCAAGAGCGAGAAUACUAUCCUUCGCCAAUCCUGCGAUGCCAGUAUGCUAGUCCAAGCCAUCAUUGACGCUGUCAUCGAUCUCGCGAUUCCCGUUGUAGCCGCCUACGAAGACGUCAUGGCUCCCUGCGGGAGCACCGCGCCGAACCAGUCCAUACGCCAGGUCUCUCUGGCGUCCCGUCCCGUACGGCCGGCCGGUCCAUAUCCUCCAUCACCAUCUCCCCCCUCGCCUACACCUACCUUGGCGACCCGACGUAGAGGCUACUCGCUGCGCAGUUCACUUUUUAGGAAGAACAUUGAUGGGCAGCACACAACCGCCACGAGCAUUGAGUUGGAAGACGCGCCUGGUUCGUCACGCUUAACGCGGGAGGGGAGUCAUGGAGACGAUGGAGAGUCUAGGAAGACCGGAGAGACAACCGUCACAGUGGCUCCCUCCCUGGCCGAUAUCUCUCGUGCCAAUUCCAAGGACACCGCGUUUGGGAAAGGUCCCAUUGCGCUGCCAAACUACAGUACGUGGCUACAAGGGAAGGAGAAGCAGCGUGGAAUCAUACGACAAUUGCGUGCGCUAGGUGAGCGUGCCAGGAAGUUUGUGCUGCGCAUCAAAGUCAUUCCCCCCAGCAAGGACGGACGACAUAUUGCUCUGGACCCCUGUCGAGAAGAGCAUCUCAUCGAUGAACGUACCAACCAACCUUACACGACCAACUGGAUCCGCUCUACUCGCUACUCCGCAUGGAACUUUCUUCCUCGCCAGCUUGUGGCACAGUUCUCCAAAUUGGCCAACUUUUAUUUUCUUUGCGUGUCCAUACUUCAGAUGAUACCCGGUCUCAGUACCACAGGGACCUAUACCACGAUUGUUCCGUUAUUGUUCUUCGUUACUCUUUCGAUUGCAAAAGAAGGAUAUGAUGAUCUCAGGAGAUACAGACUCGACAAGGCUGAAAAUAACCGCGAAGCAAAGGUGCUGCGGGGCGCGGCGAUGUGCGUCAGGCGAGCGUCAAUUGCCGACCAGAGUUCCGCUUCUACAGAGGCAUCCCUGCAUUAUGAAUCGGUCAAAUGGCAAGACCUGCGGGUGGGAGAUGUCAUCCGGUUGGACCGCGACGACGCUGCACCCGCUGACUUGGCUUUGCUGUACACCAGCGGGGAGAACGGUGUAGCCUACGUUGAAACUAUGGCUCUGGACGGCGAGACGAACCUCAAGAGCAAGCAGACUACCGCGUCCCUUGCGAAAGCGAUUGAGACUCCUGAGGAUGUCUUGACGUGCGAUGCCAGAUUCGUUGUCGAAGACCCGAAUCUGGAUCUAUACAACUUCGAGGGACGUGUCAUUGUCGAUGGCAAGACGGCUCCCUUGACAGUGAAUGAGAUCAUCUAUCGUGGCAGUAUUCUGAGGAAUACACCGGAUGCCUUGGGUAUUGUUAUCUACUCGGGAGAGGAAUGUAGAAUCCGGAUGAACGCGAACAAGAACCCUCGGAUCAAGGCGCCCGCCCUUCAAACAGUCGUCAACCGCAUCGUCAUCAUUAUCGUCAUAUUCGUCCUCUUGCUCGCCAUUUUCAAUACUGUGGCAUAUCAAAUCUGGUCUGAGAAGACUGAAGAUAAGCUCUGGUAUCUCUCCAGUGCGUCGGUCGCGUUCUUUCCAAGCAUGACGUCCUUUAUCAUCAUGUUUAACACCAUGAUCCCGCUCUCGCUCUAUGUGAGCUUGGAAAUUGUCAAGCUCGCCCAGAUGUGGUUUCUCUUUGGGGACGUCGAUAUGUACGACGAGACGUCCGAUACUCCGUGCGAACCUAGAACGUCAACUAUCAACGAAGAGCUUGGCCAGAUCAGUUACAUCUUCUCCGACAAGACAGGCACUCUUACUGAUAACUCGAUGAAGUUCCGCAAGAUGAGCGUGGCGGGCACCGCUUGGCUGCACGAUACGGAUCUCCAAGAGACACGCAAGAAGAAGAAACUCAUUCACAAGACACGUAAAAAGGGAAAACAGCCUGUCAGGAAGAGUGUGCGGUCGGCCAAAGAUGCGGUCGAGCCAGCAACGCCGGCUUUGGAUGGGGAUGGUGGAGAGGUUACGAUCGAGCCUGAGAUGUCUGGCUCGAAAUGGCAGUCUUCUGCCCGACCUGGAAAACCACAGCGCGAAUUACUGACAGGGGAUAUGCUCCGAUAUAUCCAGAGAAGGCCCCAUACGCCCUUUUCACAGAAAGCCCGGCUUUUCUUGCUCUCCAUGGCGCUCUGCCAUACAUGCUUACCAGAAAUCCAAGAGGAUGGAAAGACGAGGUUUAUGGCGUCUUCCCCCGAUGAGCUUGCCCUUGUGCAGGCUGCACAGGAUAUGGGCUUCCUCGUCAUCAGUCGUGAUGUUCAUACGAUCUCGCUAAAAAUCAUGCCCAACGGCGCUGAUCAAGAGCCAGUUCUCGAAGUCUACGAAGUGCUGGAUGUAAUUGAGUUCUCUAGCAAGCGGAAGAGGAUGUCCAUUAUUGUUCGAUUCCCUGACGGACGCAUCUGCAUCUUCUGCAAAGGUGCUGACUCAAUCGUUAUGCAGCGUCUGCGGUUAGCCACGGUUGCCAAUAAGAGCAUGGUAGAUAUUGAAUCUCGCGCGAAUAAGCGAAAGAGUCUGGAGGCCCAGUACGCCAUGGCCCGCAAGAGCGAGCAGGUUGAACGGAAGAGCAGCAUAGCCGCGCGUGCCAGCCUCACAUUGGGCAAUCCCUCCUUUGCUCGAACCAGUAUCUCUGGUCUUGGGCGUCCUAGUAUAGGGAAUCGCUCGCUUCAGCCGGUUCGAGAUGAGAUUGAUCAGUGGCUACGAGAGCGCGAGACGGACUACGAGGUAGAUUCUUACGCGGACAACACGCCCCUCCAGACCCCUCGACCUUCUGGACUCAACCGACUCUCAAUGGCGCUCUCUGAGACAGGAAGCUCGGUGCAGAUGGAGAUGGACGAGAUGGUGGACGAGCAAGUCGCCUCGGACGACGGGGCUGUUAUAGAACGUUGCUUCCAGCACAUCAAUGAUUUCGCAACUGAGGGUCUGCGCACGCUGCUGUAUGCUUACCGUUUCCUCGGCGAGGAAGAGUACGCGACGUGGAAGAAGGGAUAUGUCGAAGCAACAACGAGCUUGGUCGAUCGGGCACGACUCAUUGAGGAGUCUGGUGACAUGAUCGAGCAGCAGCUGGAGCUUUGCGGUGGCACUGCCAUUGAAGAUAAGCUGCAGCAGGGUGUUCCAGAGGCUAUUGAUAAGCUGCGGCGAGCGAAGAUCAAGAUGUGGAUGCUGACGGGCGACAAACGCGAGACUGCGAUCAACAUUGGUCACUCCUGUCGUCUCAUCAAAGACUACUCUGCGGUCACUGUCUUGGACCACGAGACUGGCGAGGUGGAGCAGAGUAUAGGUGCCGCCGUCCUAGCAAUCAAUCGAGGCACCGUCGCGCACUCGGUCGUCGUUGUUGACGGCCAGACACUCGCGAAGAUCAACGAAGUAGAGCCACUGAAACUGCUCUUCUACGACCUAGCCAUCCUGGCAGACUCUGUCAUCUGCUGCCGGGCUUCCCCGUCCCAAAAAGCAAGUCUGGUCAAGAACAUCCGCAAACGCGUGAAGAAGUCAAUCACCCUGGCCAUCGGCGAUGGCGCCAACGACAUCGCCAUGAUCCAGGAAGCGCACGUCGGUAUCGGCAUCACAGGCAAAGAGGGUCUGCAAGCUGCGCGAACGAGCGACUACUCGAUUGCGCAGUUCCGCUUCCUCGUCAAGUUGCUGUUGGUGCAUGGACGGUGGAAUUACAUCCGGACGUGCAAGUACACGGUUGGCACGUUCUGGAAAGAAAUGCUCUUCUAUCUCACCCAGGCCCUCUACCAACGCUCCGUCGGCUACACGGGAACCUCGCUGUACGAAUCCUGGUCGCUGUCCAUGUUCAACACUCUCUUCACCUCUCUGCCCGUCAUCUUCCUGGGCAUCUUUGAAAGGGACCUGUCCGCUUCAACCCUUCUCGCUGUGCCUGAGCUGUACACCAAGGGUCAGCGGAACGGCGGUUUCAAUUUCAAGGUGUACCUCGGGUGGAUGUUUAUGGCGAGUGCGGAAGCCAUGGUGGCGCUGUUCACAGAGGAUCCGUCUAUAUUCGCCCUGGGCAGUUUGACGUACUCGGCAUGCGUCAUAUUGAUCAGCGCGAAGUUACAAUUCAUAGAAACGCACUCCAAAACCGUAACAAACGCCUUUGCCAUCAUCGUUUCCGUCGGCGGCUGGUUCCUCUGGAACAUCAUCCUGGCCAACACGUACGACCCGACCAACAAGAUCUACUACGUGCGCAAAGCGCUCUUCGAGACGUUCGGCGCCAGCCUCACCUGGUGGAGCGCGCUGCUCCUCAUCGUGCUCUCGGUCCUCAUCUUCGAGCUCGGCACCGACGCCCUGCGCGCGGCCUUCUUCCCCACCGACGAAGACGUGUUUCAGCAGCUCGAGAAGGAUCCCAGCGUCAAGCGCCGGUUCGAAGAGGCAGCGGCGGCGGAGCUGCAGGCCGGGUGGGAUCGGGAGACGAAUAAGGAGAAGGGGAGGGAGGAGGAUGUGCGUAAGGUUGUGGAGGAGUUGGAGAGGAGGGAGGAGGAGAGGAGGGAGGGCGAGGUCAAGGAGUUGAUUCGGGCGAGGAUUGAGGAGGUGGAUGUAAGUGGGGAGGGAGGGGUUGCUGGGGAUGGGGUGGUGGGGAGGGAGGGGGAGGAUCCGGUUAAGUUGUUGGAGAGGGGGUUUGGGAGGGUGAGGAAGGCGUAG